CUGCGAUCCACCCUCAAGUCAACCACGUGCGAUCGGCUUGCUCAUAUCCCCUCACUAUAAGAUCGUGCAUUGAAGCUCCAUCUGGCUCUUUCUGACAUCUCUUUCACGCUACGAACCAGAACUCAAGUUCGACGAGCUUUCUUCUUUCACAACAUGGCGAAUCUAUCGGAAGCAAAAGUAUCCGCGACAGAGUUCGCUCGCCCUGCAGGCGAGCUACCUCGUGAAGAAAACGAGAGCGACACUGCUUCACACCAAGGCUUCGAUGAGAAGGCUACUCGUCGCCUGUUACGCAAGAUCGAUUUUGCCUUGCUGCCUCUCCUAGCUCUUCUCUACCUCAUGAGCUUCCUCGAUCGUGGGAACAUUGGGAACGCUCGAUUGGCUGGUCUCGAACGAGAUCUGAAAAUGCACGGGCUUGACUUCAAUGUCGCACUCGCAAUCUUCUUUCCGUUCUAUGUCCUAGCCGAGAUCCCAUCAAAUAUCAUGAUGAAACGGUUCUCUCCAUCGCUCUGGAUUCCCAGUAUAAUGGUCGUCUGGGGAGCAAUGUGCUGCCUGAUGGGAUUGGUCCAUGACUUCGCCGGUCUGCUUGCUGUUAGAGCUGCUCUGGGUCUUGCCGAGGGUGGCCUCUUUCCUGGAAUCACUUUUUAUAUCACCAUGUGGUACCGACGUCACGAAUGUGGGCUACGCAUGGCUCUGUUCUUCUCCGCUGCCACUGCAGCGGGGGCUUUUGGUGGCCUUCUGGCUAGAGGCAUCAUGGAGCUGGAUGGUAAGCGCGGGCUUAGUGCUUGGAGUUGGAUUUUCAUUAUUGAGGGCGCGAUCACUGUUGCCGUUGCUCUCUUUGCAUAUAGCUCGAUGCACGACUACCCAGACAGUGCCAAGUUUCUCACAAAAGACGAGCGCGAGGAGGUUGAUCGACGAUUAGAAGCAGAUCGAUCGUACCUCGACGAUGAGUUCGCCCUGAGCUAUAUCCGGGACGCUGUUCUGGACUGGAAAAUUUGGGUGUACAUGCUCAUCACCAUCGGUAUCUAUUCACCGCUCUACUCAUUCGCCUCCUUCUUGCCUACGAUCAUCAGCAACUUGGGCUAUUCGAACGAGACGGCACAGCUCAUGACCGUUCCACCUUAUGUCGUAGCAUGCCUUUUCUGCAUAUCCGCGGGAUGGAUUGCAGAUAAGCAUGGCCAGAGGGGUGUUUACAUGAUAUCUGCCAAUCUCGUUGCCAUCGUCGGCUUCCUCAUCCUGAUAGCCGUAUCGGAGCCCAAGCUCCGCUACCUGGGCACAUUUUUCGCGGCCGCGGGCAUCUACCCAAAUGUCUCCCAGACCGUGGCCUGGAACGGCAACAACAUAGGUGGAUCCACCAAGCGGUCGGUCGGUAUCGCCAUGCAGGUCGGCUUCGGGAACUUGGGUGGCGUGCUUUCGGGGUUCACCUACACGUCCAGGGAUGCACCGUUAUUCCGUCGCGGACAUGGGAUUGUCAUCGGUCUGCUGGCCAUGAGUACGGUGCUGUGCGCCUUCAUGCGUUGGUGGUGCAUCCGGGAGAACGCAAGGAGGGAUGCCGUGGAUGCAGAGUGUGGGCGCUUGAAUUCGUGGAGUAAGCAAGAGAUGCAGGCUGAGCGGAGAAGGGGCGACCAGGCCGGCUUCUUCAGGUAUACUAUCUAAUGCUGUGUUCUACUUGGCCUUUGCAUUGGAAUUGGUGCAAUACAAGGG